AUGAGGACUAGAGAAGAGGACGUCUACGAGUCACGCCUUGCACUUCCCUGUAGGUUGGUCAAAGCAACCAAGCAGAGAAGUUUCAACUCUACAGGGCUUGAACUAUCAUCUGCGUCCUGCCAGGUUGCCAUCAAUACAACAUUGGCUCCAGCCUCUGUUGCAUACGAUGAAGUACUGGAAAUAGUUACAUUUGAGUUCCCCAGUGACCUUCAGUCAGUUUUCACCCAUCGAGCAUUUCUUUACGUUGAUAAACCGGAUCAUAAGGCAACUUUCGAUGCCAGCAUCGUUGCUCUUUACUACCAAGUUGCUUUGUCAAACACACCUGAAAUCUCCCGCGACAUUGUUCCAACACCGGAGGGUUGUGGUGAACCCCCUGAUGGUCACAAUUACGUCAAAGUUACCUUCGAUCGCACCCUAGUCAUGUCGACCUACAUAGUCGCCAUGGUACUGGGAGACUUUGAGUACCUCUCCGCUAAGAUUCCAACCGACGACACUAGCAACGGUUGUUCCUCUUCCGCAUUUGGAACAAAGGAAUCACCGAAGAAGUUACCAGGGCAGUUGGAAAUUCGGGUUUACACGCCACUGGGAAAGCGCAAUUUCGGGCAGUAUGCGUUGACGGUGGCAAGGAAAUCGUUAUUCUUUUAUGCCGAUCUCUUUGGAUCACCCUACCCACUGCCGAAGCUGGAUCUGGUCGCAAUUCCGGACUUUGCUUGCGGUGCAAUGGAGAAUUGGGGUUUGGUGACUUACAGGAUUGAUAGGUUCGCUUUUGGCUAUAAUGGUGUUUUCAAACUUCCCUUCAGUGCCGGAGCCACUGCCGAAGUGUUGCUUUUGUAA